AGCAGCUGCGGAGCUUCACGCUGAGCAGGGAGAUGGUGUACAACGUGCUCAGACAGUUCCUCUCCGAUCAGCAGGAUAGCGACGCCUCCGCCGCGUCCUCUUUGUACAUCGACCCUGUUUCCCUCAAGUUGUCAUGAGAUCAAGAAGAUUACAUUCAGCCUCUGGCGCGGGGCCUUUUCAGCCAGUCGGCCGACUGACGUUCCCCUCGCCGGUUCCGUUCCCGCCGGGGCUUCUCUACCUGCGCAUUGUGAAGAGCAGUCCGGCCGGCAUGGGCGCUUAUGGCUCCAACAUGGACGACAUCCUGGAGGAGGACAUGCACCACUGGUACACCAAGUUCAUGAGGGAGUCGCCGUCGGGCCUCAUCACGCUCUUUGAGCUCAAGACUAUGCUGGAGCUGAACGGCAUGACGGCGGAGGCCAGCAGCUACGUGGACCAGGUCUUCUUCACCUUCGACAUGGACGGGGACGGCUACAUCGACUUUGUGGAAUACAUCGCCGCCAUCAGUCUGCUCCUGAAGGGAGAAGUCAACCAGAAGCUCAAGUGGUACUUCAAGCUCUUCGACCAGGACGGAAACGGCAAAAUCGACAAGGAUGAAAUGGAGACCAUAUUUAAGGCCAUCCAAGACAUCACGAGGAGCUACGAAAUUCCCCCCGAAGAAAUCGUCACGCUCAUCUACAAGAGGAUCGACGUCAACGGGGAAGGUGAGCUGACCCUGGAAGAGUUCAUCAGCGGUGCUCGGGAGCACCCGGACAUCAUGGAGAUGCUCACCAAGAUGAUGGACCUCACCCACGUACUGGAGAUUAUCAUCAUGGGACAAUGCAAGAAGUCCAAAUAGCGAGCCGGGAGGGACGCCACUGCACCUCGCCCCCUGGCGGAGCCUUCUUUUAUCCUGGAGAAAACGGCGACGGGCUCAACUGCUUGGCUACAAUGUAAUGAGUAGAGGCUUCAUCGGGUAGGAACACUAUUGAUUUUGAUCCGUGGGCCAGGUAGCUGAGAUGAAAAAUCCAAAUCGGAUUUUUUAUUUUCACCAGUCACAAUUGACGACAAAUGACGGCCGUUCAAGUCAAAUAUUUAAAAAAAAAUCAUAACACAGGACACAAGAUGGCUGAAGUAGUCAAAUGUCAAAAAUAAAUCAUGCACAGGCAUGUUUUUCAGCUCCUUUUCAACAUUUCUGGGAUUUCCAGUUCUGAACCCUAUCGAUUGUGGGCGGUGGGAACUCUACGGACUUUCAAGUGAGCCAUCACAAGAUGGCUGAAGUAGUUCGAGUCAAAAGGAAGAAUUUCUUUUCUAUUCAACUUCAAAUUUCACAGAUUUCAAUCUGUGAACCCUGUUGAUUUUGAGUCGUAUCUGCGACAGUGGAUUUCCAGUUGUGAACACUCUUGAUUUUGAAAGGAUAGAUGGUGCAAGUGUACCGAAUGUUUGAAAUGGAUUCCACGAUAAGCGUUGGCUGCGUUUGCUGAGUGUUUCUUCAAUGGACCCGCCACAACAGACCGGAAAAGCUUGAAAAAAGUCAGUCCCCGACACCAA